AAUUGGCCGCGUAACAAUACAAAUGCUUCAGUCGACGCCAAAGCGACAUCCAUAAAGGUCUGUGCAAAAAUGCGUUGUGCGGCGUUGGCAAUGGUCGCGCUGUUGGCCUUUGGCUGGUCGCCAGCUCCGUGCGCAGCUCUGGGAGCUGAAGAUUUGAUUUACGGUUACGAGUGUAACAAGGGCUUAUGCCGCAAGGUCGAGCUGAGUGAGGAAAAUUUUGCUUCGGCAAUUAGCUUGCCUGUUUGUAGACUGUUCUGUGGCAGCGACAUUGGCACCCUCUGGCCGAAGCCAACGGGCGUGGUGCAGCUAGAGCCAUUAAUGCGACAGGUGGACGUAGCCUCAAUUGAAUUUCAGCUGCCUGGCACAAAGGACAAACUCUGGGAGUCAACAGAACUGCGUUGGUUAGACUUGCUCGAGGCAAAGAUACCAAAUCGCAAGAUUCUCAAGCAAGGCGGCUAUAAAUUAAAUAUUAUUGUCAAUACUGCGGACAAUGGGGCACCUAUGCGUCUUCAGCUGGAUACGGAUGAGAGCUAUGCACUAAGCAUAGGCUCGAAUAGCGCUGGUCAAGUGACAGCCAACAUCACAGCUGGCAAUUUCUUUGGAGCACGUCAUGGUCUGGAGACUUUGAGCCAGUUGAUUGUCUAUGACGAUAUACGACGGGAGGUGCAAGUGGUGGCCAAUGCCUCUAUUGCGGAUGCACCUUUCUACAAGUGGCGUGGACUGCUGCUAGAUACCUCGAGGAACUACUACUCCGUAAAAGCUAUCAAGCGUACAUUAGAUGGCAUGGCCAUGGUCAAACUGAACACCUUCCACUGGCACAUCACGGACUCGCAUAGUUUUCCACUGGAAGUCAGCAAGCGACCAGAGCUCUCCAAGCUCGGUGCCUAUACACCAAGCAAAGUAUACACUCACAUCGAUAUCGAGGAUAUAGUGGAGUAUGGACGAGUUCGUGGCAUACGAGUAAUGCCAGAGUUUGACAGUCCGGCGCAUGUGGGCGAGGGCUGGCAGCACAAGAACAUGACUGCUUGCUUCAAUGCACAGCCCUGGAAUAAAUAUUGUGUGGAGCCUCCAUGCGGGCAACUGGAUCCCACCGUGGAUGACAUGUAUAAUGUGUUGGAGGAUAUAUUUAGUGAUAUGUUUAAGCUUCACAAUCCGGAUGUCUUUCAUAUGGGCGGCGAUGAAGUUUCUGUGGCUUGCUGGAACAGCAGUGCAAACAUACGCAACUGGAUGUUGGAACGUGGCUGGAAUUUGAAGGAGGCAGAUUUCAUGCGUCUGUGGGGUCACUAUCAAAAGGAAGCUCUCAGUCGUGUGGAUCGUGUUGCCAAUGGCACGCACACUCCCAUCAUCCUGUGGACCAGCACACUCACAAAUGAACCCUACAUUGAUCAGUAUCUGAAUCCAAAUCGUUAUAUCAUACAAAUCUGGACUACGGGCAAAGACAAAGUGAUCCAGAAGAUAUUGAAGCGUGGAUAUCGUGUCAUUGUGUCCAACUAUGAUGCUUUGUAUUUCGAUUGCGGUGGCGCUGGCUGGGUCACCGAUGGGAACAAUUGGUGUUCGCCCUAUAUUGGCUGGCAGAAGGUCUAUGGGAAUAAUUUAGCAAAAAUUGGGGGCGAUUAUCAACAUCACGUGCUUGGCGCCGAAGCUGCCAUUUGGUCGGAGCAAAUUGAUGAGUACACCUUGGACAACCGCUUCUGGCCACGAGCAAGUGCUCUAGCCGAACGUCUUUGGACGAAUCCGACUGAAGGUUGGAGACAGGCCGAGGCGCGUUUGCUUCUACACCGUGAGCGGCUAGUGGAGAAUGGCAUAGGAGCAGAGGCACUGCAGCCGCAAUGGUGCCUGCAGAACGAGAACGAAUGUCCCAUUGAUGCGUAUGCUCUAUAGUCUUAUAUAUACAUGUGUAUCCUUAGCGAGAGUUCUGUCAACUGUACAAUAUAUUAUACUUAUAGAUAUGCUCAACGCAGCGAAAGGCUUUGGCCUAGCCUCUUCCUCGUCAUCAUCCUGUUUUGUGCCUGCAAUAAACAACACUUGAAAGUGUGCGAGUAGCUCGUCGUUUAAUAAA